AAGCGGUUGAAGGACAAAUAUGACUCUAAUGAAUUUUUCUUAUGAUAAACUUGAACAAUGGGAUCAAGAAGAGAAGGUUGCCAAAGUCUUAUCAGAAGCACUUGAGUCCCAAAAAUCGGUCAGUGACAAAAAAGUGAAAGAGUUUUACGAAGAGCUCUUUAUUGCUACUCUUGAGGGAGCUCCUGUUGCUUAUGUUUCAGACUCGAAUGUCGCAGUUCGAGAAUACAGCUUUUUAGUUACUACUUGUGCCCUAUUUUCUGCAGUGUGGUACACUACUCGUUAUCAGGCAAAACACUGCAGUCCUUUUUGCGUGAAAACUUUUGACGGUUAUGUUUAUUUUAUGCAGUUCGGUUGUUUGUUAUUCGUCUGGAAAGUUGGCAACUUCAACCCAUAUUAUCGGAUUGAAAGGGCUUUCCACCUUAUAGCGAGAGCUUUAACGUUUUUCUUUUCUCCAAAUAUUUCUCAGAGCACUUGGUUACGGGAACAUUCCUCAGUCUUUUACAUUAUUAAGGAACACGCCGCAUUUCAUUUUAGUAUAAAAGAAUUAUUAUACGGAAGACGUUUUGUGCAUCCUUCAUAUUUGAUGGGCGCAAUACGUUGCAUGCCUUCGCCGUAUCCUGAAGGACGUAGCCUACUCUCGGACUCUUUAAAACCUCUGACUGCUAAAGGCGCUUUACAUGUAGUUCUAUUCCAUGACCCUUCCAAGCGCUUUAUCGCUGCAUGUCGACAAAAAGGGGUUGUUCCUUUAUCAAUAGACGAAUUGGAGCUAUUUAUUUUACUUUCCUGGGUUGCUCAAGAACGCCUGUUGGAUAUCUGUGGAUAUAUACAACUUGAACGAAGCUAUCAACUAGUCAGUAUUAUUUUUGAUUAUGUCAAAGAUAUUUCAGUAGGUCAUGAUUGGCUUCUUCUCUUUGUGGUAAAGAGAAAAGACUAUAACCCUUUGAUGAAUGCCUGGUCGCUUUACAAAGAACGAUGGAUUCAACAACUUCGAACCAGACAAAUACUAAAAGACGUGGAUGGCUUUUUGCAAAAUCCACUGAGUUGCAAAAUUAUUUCGGAUCAUCUCAAGACACCGUUUCCAGUCCAUGUUAUAUUUUACUACCGCGGUCUACAGUUACUUGUUGACACUUUUGCUUCAAGUAACUUGUUCGAAAAAGAGAUUUAUGACGUUGGAAUUUUAUGGACCAAGGAGAGAGUGACAGAGAUAAUUGUUCAUAAGGAAAGAGGUCAUACAUGGCUAUGCCAGUCCAUCGGUGAUAAUCCUCCUGUAAAUGUAGUUGUAUUUCUUCAGUUUGAGUUAAAUGAAGAACAUUAUGGGCAACUUGUGAGUCGUAUUCAAAGUUGGUUUCAUCGGAAGCAGAUGUCACUCUUUCCAUUAGAUUGGAUGGAAUAUUUUCAAAGAAAAGGUAAAUGGAAUAUAGGUCAUUGGCUUUAAAGGAUGGCUUGCAAAGAUAGUUAUUUUAUGG